AUGAUCUCGAAUCCUAUGCUUGAAUCAGAUUAGAACAAUCAAACUCGUAGUGGCCAAUCACAGGGAACUUAUUAAAUAGUUAAAUCAAAUCAAAUAGAACUUUCGGUUAAAAAUAAACUCAUUGAAUAAGAAACAGAGUAUCCCAAAGUACCACAAUCAAGAAAAACAGAAAAACUGUUUUGCACUAAAUGUAACCAAGUGGUAGAAUCCGAUGUUCAAUAUGAAAUGGGAAGGUGUAGUUAUAUAGUAGUGAUUGUGCUCAUCGCUGGUAUCAUCACUGCUAUUUUGGCUUUCCUCCCUUGUCUACUUGAUAAUUGCAAGGAUGCCCAACAUAGAUGUUCCAAAUGCACCAAACUUAUAGGGACCAAAUAAUUUAUGUGUGGAUGA